UGACGCAUUGCGGCUCGAGCAGGAUCGGUGUGUGCAUUGUGCGGGAGGCGUGUGUCCCUCUCCCAACCAAAGAGCAAGGAGCGAAAUCGACUGGACCACGCAACAGCCUCUCCGCUCCAAACAGAAUGUCGUCAAGGAUUGUAUUCUAGCUGGAAAUGCAAGGGAGCACCGACCAGUCGCAGUAUUUUAUUUAAAAUCUAUAGACCCAUAAUAAUCUGAAAUAUGGCUGAAGUGAAGUCGAGGUGAGUUGCGCUGUUGCUCAGACAACUUGCUGUUGAGUGGUGCGCACUCCACUCUCCGCCUCUCGCCAGCCAGCCUGUCGGAUGAAAAGAAAACGGAUAGAUCCCGUUCUUUUUUGUUCUUCUAUCAAUCGAUAGUCAUUAGACUGUGGAAUCAUGUCGAUGGGACAGGACGAAAACUCAGUCCGGGUGGCUUUGAGGAUUCGUCCUCAACUGGCCCGGGAGAAGAUCGAGGGAUGUCACAUCUGUACGUUUGUGACCCCAGGGGAGCCCCAGGUGAUGCUGGGUAAAGACAAGGCCUUUACUUACGACUAUGUGUUCGACAUGGACUCCUGUCAGGACAGCAUCUACGCUAGCUGCACUGAGAAGCUGAUUGAGGGCUGCUUCGAAGGAUACAACGCCACCAUUUUUGCCUAUGGCCAGACAGGGUCAGGUAAGACCUACACCAUGGGUACAGGGUUUGAUGUUAAUAUCGGGGAAGAGGAGCUGGGCAUCAUACCCCGGGCGGUCAGCCACCUCUUCAGGGGCAUUGAGGAGCGCCAGCAGGCCGCUAAAGAGCAGGGACGACCCGUUCCUGAGUUCAAGAUCAACGCACAGUUCCUGGAGCUUUACAACGAGGAGGUGCUGGAUCUAUUUGACUCUACACGGGACCUGGAAGCUCGGGCGCAGAAAUCCCACAUAAAAAUCCACGAGGACGCUAAUGGAGGAAUCUACACAGUAGGGGUGACCACACGGACGGUAGCCUCCGAGGCAGAGAUGAUGCAGUGUCUGAAGCUGGGUGCUCUGUGUCGUACCACGGCCAGCACCCAGAUGAACGUCCAGAGCUCCCGCUCUCAUGCCAUCUUCACCAUUCACCUGUGCCAAGUCAGAGUCUGUGCAUCCGACAAUACAGACAACAACGAGACAGACAACAACGAGACUGACAACAGGAUUGCUAAUGGCAACUCAGAGAUGGAAGAGUAUGAGACACUGACCGCCAAGUUUCACUUUGUGGACCUGGCCGGUUCUGAAAGGCUGAAGAGAACCGGUGCUACAGGAGACCGAGCUAAGGAGGGAAUCUCCAUCAACUGUGGACUGCUUGCUCUGGGGAAUGUAAUUAGUGCUUUGGGAGACAGGAGCAAGCGAUCCACGCAUGUGCCCUACAGAGACUCAAAACUCACCCGGCUCCUACAGGACUCUCUAGGUGGAAACAGCCAAACGAUGAUGAUAGCCUGCAUCAGUCCGUCUGACCGGGACUUCAUGGAGACUCUGAACGCCUUGAAGUACGCUAACAGAGCCAGGAACAUUAAGAACAAGGUGAUGGUGAACCAGGACAAGGCCUCCCAGCAGAUCUCUGCUCUCAGGACAGAAAUCGCCAGGCUACAGAUGGAACUGAUAGAGUACAGGACCGGUAAACGUAUGGUGGGAGAGGAUGGUAUGGAGAGCAUCAACGACAUGGUCCAUGAAAACACCAUGCUGCAGACUGAGAACAGCAACCUGAGGAUCAGGGUCAAAGCCAUGCAGGAGACCAUUGACGCCCAGAGGGCCAGACUCACACAGUACCUCAGUGACCAGGCCAACCAGGUCCUCGCCAGGGCAGGUGAGGGCAGUGAAGAGAUUGGGAACAUGAUCCGGAGCUAUAUCAAAGAGAUAGAGGACCUCAGGGCCAAACUCCUGGAAAGUGAGUCUAUGAAUGAAAACCUGCGUAAGAACCUGUCCCGUGCCUCCUCACGCCAGUCCUUCUACCCCGGAACCUUCUCCCCUGCCCUCCUGGCCCCCGAGAAGGAGGCCUCCGACAUCAUCGAGAUGGCCAAGAAAGAUCUGGAGAAACUCAAGAAGAAGGAGAGGAAGAAGAAGAAGAGGCUCCAGCAGCUGCUGGAAGAGAGAGAGAGGGAGGAGCUUGUAGAGGAGGAGGAUGGCAGUGUCGUCAAGGAAGAAGUCCCCGACAAUGACCAAGACCAAGGGAUGGAAAAAGAGCUGACUGAGCGGUCCAAUGACGAGCCUGAGAUGGAGGGGAGUGACCAUGAGGAGGAGGAAGAUGAGGAGGAGGAAGAGGAGGAGAUGGAUGUGGAGGAGAGCUCUGAUGAUUCAGACUCUGAGUCAGAUGAGAAAGAGAACUUCCAGGCGGACCUGGCCAACAUCACGUGUGAGAUCGCCAUCAAGCAGAAGCUGAUCGAUGAACUGGAGAACAGCCAGCGCCGUCUGCACACGCUCAAACAGCAGUACGAACAGAAACUGAUGAUGCUGCAGAGCAAGAUCAGAGACACACAGCUGGAGAGAGACCGGGUGCUGCACAACAUGGGCUCAGUGGAGACGUGCAGCGACGAUAAGGCUAAGAAGAUCAAGCAGGAGUACGAGAAGAAGCUGAGCAUCAUGAACAAGGAACUACAGAAGCUACAGUCAGCCCAGAAGGAACACGCACGCCUGCUCAAGAACCAAUCCAAGUACGAGACGCAGCUGAAGAAGCUCCAACUGGACGUCACAGAGAUGAAGAAGACAAAGGUUCGUCUGAUGAAGCAGAUGAAGGAUCAGCAGGAGAAGAACAGGAUGACAGAGUCCAGGAGAAACCGAGAGAUCGCCACCCUCAAGAAGGACCAGCGCAAACAGGAGCACCAGCUGAAGCUCCUAGAAGCCCAGAAGAGACAACAGGAGCUCAUUUUGCGCAGGAAGACUGAGGAGGUGUCUGCUCUGAGGAGACAGGCCAGGCCUAUGUCUGGUAAGGUGACCAGCAGGAAGGUGAGUCUCCCAGAGCCCCUCCAGGACUCCUCCCACCGACCCCCCUCAGGACGCCUGCAGUCCUCUGGCUCCACCGCCACCAACGGAACCAGGUCCUACUACAGGCGGUCAACAGGCAUAUAUUCCACCAGAGUGGCCAGGGUGAAGUGGCAGUCUCUGGAGCGUCGUAUCUCUGAUGUCAUCAUGCAGAGGAUGACCAUAUCCAACAUGGAGUCUGAAAUGAACCGCCUGCUAAAGCAACGUGAGGAGCUGACCAAGCGGAGGGAGAAGGUGACCAGAAAGAGGGACAGGCUGGCGGGGGAGGGGCCUGAGGCUGAAAAGGCGGUGCUUCCCCUCAAUGAGGAAGUGGACGCCGUGGUUGCCAACAUCGACUACAUCAACGACAGCAUCGCUGACUGCCAGGCCAACAUUAUGCAGAUGGAGGAAGCCAAGGAGGAGGUUGACACAGUGGAUGUUUCCGCAGUCAUCAGCUCCUGUACCCUAACAGAAGCCCGCUUCCUGCUGGACCACUUCAUGUCUAUGGCCAUCAACAGAGGUCUGCAGGCGGCUCAGAGGGAGUCCCAGGUGAAGGUGAUGGAGGGCAGGCUGAAGCAGACUGAGAUCACGAGCGCCACUCAGAACCAGCUGCUGUUCCACAUGCUGAAGGAGAAGGCUGAGUUUAACCCCGAACUGGAUGCCCUGCUGGGGAACGCUCUGCAAGAGCUAGGUAACAUGCCAUUGGAGAACGGGGAUGACAGCAGCAGUGACGAAUCUGCCCAGAGUCCUGCAACAGAGGGACACUCCCUGGCAUCAGAUCUAAUGAAACUCUGUGGAGAGACCAAAACAAGGAGCAAGGCUCGUAGAAGAACCACCACUCAGAUGGAGUUGCUCUACGCCAAUAGUGACGCCGCCCCUGACAUGCCCAGCGGAGAUUUCUCCUCCCCCUGUCUCCCAUUGGCUGAAACACCAGAAGAGGGCAGAGAUCCUGAGACCCCCAUUGGCUCAUCAGUCAGGGACAGAGACUUUAUGGCUCAUUCUCCUGGCUUGGCCUCUAAGAUGGGCAGCAUUUCCGGCUCCAUGGCUGCCGCCUCCUCGGGGGCGGAAAAGAGAGUUCCAGAGCCCUCGCCGCUCUCUCGCAGGAAGACCUAUGACAGGGCACAAGCGGCGGCUAAGGUCAAGGAGAUCAAACAAGGGGUAAUCAACCCAGUGCCCUCUUCAAAGGGCAGUCGGUCAGCAACACUACAGUGUGUCCACGUGGCUGAGGGUCACACUAAAGCGGUGUUGUGUGUCGACUCUACUGAUGACCUCCUCUUCACCGGCUCCAAAGACCGUACGUGUAAGGUGUGGAACCUGGUAACGGGUCAGGAGAUCAUGUCCCUGGCGGGUCACCACAACAAUGUGGUGUCAGUCCGCUACAGCUCCAGCCUGGUCUUCACAGUCUCCACCUCCUACAUCAAGGUCUGGGACAUCCGAGACUCAGCCAAGUGCAUCCGCACCCUCACGUCUUCUGGUCAGGUGACUCCUGGCGAUGCCUGUGCGUCCAGCACCAACCGGACUGUCACCAUCCCGGCAGGAGAGAACCAGAUCAACCAGAUUGCCCUCAACCCCAGCGGCUCUGUCCUGUACGCCGCCGCCGGCAACUCUGUCAGAGUCUGGGACGUAGGAAGAUUUGUAUCUACAGGGAAGCUGACUGGUCACCUGGGUCCAGUCAUGUGUCUGACUGUGGACCAGAGUGGGAACGGUCAGGAUCUGGUCAUCAGCGGCUCCAAGGACCAUUACAUCAAGAUGUUUGACGUGGCAGAGGGGGCCCUGGGUGCUAUUGGCCCCACACACAACUUUGAGCCUCCCCACUACGAUGGUAUCGAGUCCCUGGUGGUGCAGGGGGACGUCCUCUUCAGUGGCUCCAGGGACAACGGCAUUAAGAAGUGGGACUUGGCCCGCAAAGACCUACUGCAGCUAGUGCCCAAUGCCCACCGUGACUGGGUGUGUGCCCUGGGUGUGGUGCCUGGCUCUCCGGCCCUGCUGAGCGGCUGUAGAGGAGGGGUGCUCAAGCUUUGGCACACAGACACACUGGGGGCCCUGGGGGAACUCAAGGGCCACGAGAGCCCCAUCAACGGCAUCUCCACCAACAGCAGCCACCUCUUCACAGCAUCUGAUGAUCGAACAGUGAAGAUCUGGCGUGCCCGGGGCGGACUCGACAGCACCUUAGAGACAACGGCGGACACCACUGACGAGGUGGCCAAUAACUGAACAUGGCUGUGACCUCCCGUCGUGACCCUUAACCUUGGACGCUGCUGACUAGCACUUUUACCUCUGACCUUUCACCUUGGAAACCAUGGAACCCCCCAGCCCCCACAUAUUGUAACCAUGUAACUGUGCAAGCUCGCAGGAUUGGAAUCUUAUCUCAGCAUAAGUAGCUGUAGUCUUUCUCCAGAGUGAGAGAGAUGUAUCCUUAGGGAAAUUUAUCUAGUCUAACCUGCCUGGCAGUUGCACUGAGCAUUGUGCAGAAUAAAUUCUCUGUUUGCUUGGUAGACAUCUUUCCCUCUCAGCUCAUAUUAAGUAUAUAGUAAGCCCACAAGGGUCAUAUUUAGACACACACACAUACAUACAUACAUACAUACAUACAUACAUACAUACAUACAUACAUACAUACAUACAUACAUACAUACAUACAUACAUACAUACAUACAUACAUACAUACAUACAUACAUACAUAGAGGCAGAUUUUUAGGGUCUUUCUGGGCUGGGGGAGUUAAUGAAGGCGAGUGGUGCGGAGAGGAGGAAAAGAGGAUGGGUGGGCCACUGGGCUCUGUAGCUGGCCUACAAGACCUGGACCAGGUUCUCCAGUGGCACAGCAAAGGAACAGAAGCACUGUAAGCAGAACCACUGUCCCUCCUUAUCUGAUAUCAAUGUGGCUUUAUGUCAACUGACAAAUCACCGCACCCCCUUAAAUCACCGCUUGGUUUAAAUGUUAUUUUGCUUUGAAUUCAGCUCCCACUUAUUGUAGCUGACCAAAUUGUGAAACUUGUCUUGCACUUGUCAACCUGUCAACUGGAUACACUAACUAACAAUACUCUUGUAACCACUUGGAAAACGCCUUCAGUCAGUCACCUUCUGUCUGCUAUCUUCGUCUUUACACGUAAUCCUUACUGACUCUAUGUGCAAAUACAAUGUCUCUUUGAGGAUACACCGACUGUCUUCACUCACUCGUCCACUGCUCAUAAUUUAUAUCUAUGUAGUAAUGUACGAUUCUCCUCUUAUUAAUGCUGUUACCACACCCUCCCUCUAAAAGUUGUGAACUAACCUAACGCCUGUGCUGCUAAGUUGUUUGCUCACCUUUGACCCAUAGAGGUCUUCUGUUCUGGACCCCAGGUGAGGUCCACAUGGUAACCGUAGUUACGUACUGUAUAUAAUAAUGUAAAGUGUGAGGAGGAGAGGAGCCGUUUACCUGUGCCUGUACUGUAAGCCUCCUAUCCUGGUCCUGGAAGUCCCCUGUGUGUGGUGGUUGUAUCCUGUGUGCCAGUUUUACUGCACAUUACAACUGCCAUAUCUGUGAUUGCUGUGAGCCAGGGAUGGGGUCAAUACCAUUUCAAUUCCAGUCAAUUCAGAAAGUAACACAAAUUAGAGAUGGAAUUUUUGUGUACUUCCUACAUUUACUAGAUUUGAAAUGGAAUUGACCCCAACUAUGGUGUAAGCUGAACUGUCAAAUAAUGAAUUGUAUCUGCUGUCUGCUGGGACUAUUGAAUGUUAAAGGACAAGUAGCAGCAGCCAGCAGCACAUGAUCUAUAUGUUAACAGUAUUGUAUGAUGAAAUCAACUGAAGGUUAGCAUUGUUGAUCACCAAAACUCGCUCCACAAGGGAAACUGAGGACCAUAGUUCGGAGACGGUGUUCUAACAGCACUCUUAAUGCUUUUGAACAGAGCCUUUCUCCCUGACCCUGUGUCAGCCUGUUAUGUUUCCUGGUCUGCGUCUGAAAUUGCACCCUAUUUCCUAUAUAGUGCACUACUUUUGUACAUAGCACUAUGGACCCUGGUCAAAAGCUAGUGCAUUAUAUAGGGAAUAGGGUGCAAUUUCAGAUGCAGCCCUGAUUCUCUUGUUCUGUUAAACUGUAUGUAUUAAAACCAAUCCUGGGUUCCCCUCUGGGGUUUAACUGUAGAUGGCCCUCCCCAAAAUGUCUGACUCCGUACUGUAGCAGUUCUGAUGUCAGAUGCCUGGUGAAAUAAAUGUCAUCCUUCAAAAACCA